AUGGCGUCGAUUGACAAGCUCCCCAUCGAACUAAAAAUCGAGAUGCUAAGUCACAUAAGUUCAACCACCGAUUUGGAAUCAAUAUCCAAAACCUGUCGUAGUUUCCAUGACAUGACGACAGAGCCGUAUUGGAAUACAUUCCAAAAUCUAGUCUUCAAGAACGAAACAGCGCACCAGCUGUCUAAACAGCUCAUCGGACUUUCAAAACUAAGAAAUUACAAAGCAAGUAGCGCUUUCCAGGAGGUUAAGUCGAAAGAAGUAGAAUUAUUCGCACCACCAAACGACCAAGAUUACGAAGGUGAUCUAUCUCAGUUAACCGACCUCCGCCUUACAAUACGAUGGUUCACAAAACGAUUUCUACGACACCACCUCCCGCAAGGCGAACCCGCACCAAGUGAAGCUGAAAUCUCUCGUAUCGAUCAAGCCUUUUGCGUUCUUUGGUUAUGGAUGGAAUCAUCUUACGAGCCGACGAAAAGAAAACAGAGUGUCCUCGACGCCGUUUGGUGGGCGACCCAACCGCACAGCUCUAGAGGAUGGUACUUCCAAGAACAUGGAGUUAUCGCGGGAACAUUGCUUGCUGUUUAUUGGUUUCUCAAGUCACAGUUAGAGCAUAUAGGCCCCUUGAUCGCACAGAGACAAGACAAAAAUUUUCGAGUCGGAAUACCCAAUAUAAUCUUGAUAAACGAAGGGCUCGAUGGAGUCAAGGAGAUCCUAGAGGCACCACUUGAAAAUCAGCUCGAAAAAGCUUCUCCAUACUUCGAUCAUUUGGAUUAUACUAAAGGGGAUAAAUACGCUCCUUGGGGAGGUGAAGAGAUUUUCGACCAUUUCGUUGCUAUUAUUGGGAGUGUUUGGUCCCGAGAGUUAGAUUACUCGGCAUUAUCAUUAAGGCCUUUGUGGAGGUCUCCGAAUAAUGUUUAUAAACUCUAUUCAGCAAUCUGGGACCAGCAUGUUGACUUCGACUACAUGUCGACCUUUUGGGAUGAUGACAGACUUUUACGCCGGGGAUAUCACCCACCAUUGGAUGUCUCUGAAUUCCGGUGUCCUUCCGGGUACACCUUGACUCAUGUACUACCUGAAGGAUAUACCUGCAAGAAUUGCCGACCUGAAUGGCGGUGCACCUAUCAAUAUUUUUGGCAAAAGGUUUACCUCGAUUUGACCUAA